GAUUCUUGGCCCAGGGCGGGGAGGCGGGGCCCAGCCAGGGUCUACCUGCUCCGCCGCCAGUCACCGCCGGCCUCCGCCGGCCCUCGGGUAGAAUGGAUCGAGUGGCUGCCGCGGUCCCCGGGAUGCUGAGAGCUUGUCCUUUCCCCUCAGCCCACCCAUGUCCGGCUGCAAGCUGCCGGUGGGCACGUGCCCGGACAUGUGCCCGGCCGCCGAGCGCGCUCAGCGCGAAAAGGAGCGCCGCCUGCACCGCUUCGAGGUGGCGCCGGGGUGCCGCGGCGACCGGCCCCGCGCGGACCCGCAGCGCGCCGUGAAGGAGUACAGGCGGCCGGCCGCCGGCAAGGCCCGGCCCCCGCCCAGCCAGCUGCGUCCGCCGUCCGUGCUGCUGGCCACCGUGCGCUACCUGGCCGGCGAGGUGGCCGAGCGCGCCGACGCAUCCAGCGCCGAGGUGGCCAGCUUCGUGGCGGACCGGCUGCGCGCCGUGCGGCUGGACCUGGCCCUGCAGGGCGCGGGCGACGCCGAGGCGGCGGUGGUGCUGGAGGCGGCGCUGGCUGUGCUGCUGGCCGUGGUGGCGCGGCUGGGGCCCGACGCCGUGCGCGGGCCGGCGGACCCGGUGCUGCUGCAGGCCCAGGUGCAGGAAGGCUUCGGGUCUCUGCGGCGCUGCUACGCUCAGAGCGCCGGCCCGCAUCCCCGCCAGGCGGCCUUCCAGGGCCUCUUUCUGCUCUAUAACCUGGGCUCCGUGGAGGCCCUUCACGAGGUUCUGCAGCUACCGGCUGCCCUGCGUUCCUGCCCGGCCCUGCGCAGGGCUCUGGCUGUGAACUCGGCCUUUCGCGAAGGCAACACCGCGCGCCUGUUCCGCCUGCUCCGGAUCCUGCCUUAUCUGCAAAGCUGCGCCGUGCAGUGCCACAUAGGCCGGGCCCGCCGGGGAGCCCUGGCCCGCCUCGCCCGUGCCCUGAGCACCCCCAAAGGCCAGACCUUGCCUCUGGGCUUCAUGGUCCACCUGCUGGCCCUGGAUGGGCCAGAAGAGGCACGGGAUCUGUGUCAGGCCCACGGACUGCCCUUGGAUGGACAGGAGAGAGUUGUGUUUCUCAGGGGUCGCUACACGGAGGAAGGGCUGCCACCUGCCGGGACCUGCAGAGUGUUGGUGGGGAGCAAGCUGGGGGGGCGCACCCUGGAGGAGGUGGUCAUGGCAGAGGAGGACGAGGGUGUGGAUGCACCGAAGGCCCCCGCGUGAGGAGCUGCACACUCUCCCAGACCCAGGCCUGGAUCCAAGCACUCAGGUUUCUUGGUUUUUCAUAAUUCCUACACAAUAAAAGGAAUUUGUUUUGUAGGGACAA